UGGCAAGACAACACUGACAAUAAUAUGACCGAAAUGUAUAUCAGUUACUUUGAAGGUACCAUCACCAAAUUGAGAACCGUUAAUUUAGAGAGACAGAUAAAUCUAAGCAUUCUGUACAGAAUAACAUUACGAAGGAGAAAGCACAACUGGUACUCAACCUACAGGUUCGCUCUGACUACACCAACCGGCAUCAAAAUGCCACGUCAGCGAGCGAUAUGUUUCGAGGCACACAGGUGUUGUAGGCAUAGCCUCGCUGCUACGGCCUCCAUCUGGAAAUGAGGAUUCCCCCAGGGUAAAGCAAAGGAGCGGGUUGAAUAGUAGCAUUUGCCUGCUUCUUCUAAGCACGCUUUCCCGAAUACAUGAGCACCUCACAUACAGCAUCCCCCCACUACUCUCCCACCCUCCACCAACAUCUGCACUGAGGAUCCUCGUUUGUCCAACGCUUGACUUGUUUUGCCUUACAAGUUGACGCAAACGUAUUUCAUUACACAGCGGCACUGUAGCAGCACAGAUAAGCUGGGCCACUUGUUUUUGUGUGAAAUCCGAUGCAUCUGAGUGUCCAGUUCCAACAAUGAGUGUAUGUCCAGGGCUUCCGUAACACAACAUAGAUAUCAAUGUACGUUGGUUAUGGUCCACCUCAGGAAGUACACACACGCUAACACGGAAAAACCGGUGUUUGCCUCUGCUCUUGGGGCAAGAUGGAAACCGUAUUGGUUCGCUCGUGACUAACCAAUCUCUUAGUUCAGACAGUUUUGUGCUACACCACGUAGCCACCGGAAUCUGCCGUCGUCGAGACAAGCAGGUUCGUGCGUGUGAUUCUAGCGCCUGGUGACAUGGAUUCGUUCCUCAGUUCUUCCCACUUGCUCGGGAACGAUAAUUCUGUGAGACGCUGUUUCAAACUUGCAUGUAAAUUGAGCGAGAUAUCGCAGAUUUCUGCAUGUUCUCAGAACCUGUGACUCGCCACGGUGUCAGCAAACGACGGCGGUGGACGAAGGUCCGUGGUUUAGGUAUCCUCGCUUGCAGCUGUCUCAAGAAGCGCCCGAGCUUGUGGUACCUGACAAAUUGACGGACUGCAGUGCUCAUCACAAGGUGAGCUUUUCCGUUAAUUCAUCUCCACAAAGACCAACUUACGAGUAUUUUUCUGUGGAAAUAUCUCGGAUCAACCCUAGUCUGGUGUAGCGGCCUCGUGCUCGUUUGUUCAUAUGACUUCGAUGCGAAACCCGAGUUGAGGUCUUUCCCUGGGUUCUGGCAUGGAAGCAAAGGAUCGAGGAAGGAGCAGCAGAAGUCUAGCACAGAAGAGAUGUAAAAGCAUCACUGGAGUAGGGGAGAGAAACUUAUCCUCUUUCUCAGACGUUCCUCAGUGACGAGGAGCCAGGGGGGCCGAGACAACAGGAUCGUUCCCCUAGCUCUGGGACCCCUAGCCCGAACCGGGAAAGGCGGGGAGACUUUUUGGAGACGUGUCAAUAACGAUGGCCAGUGCUUUCCACACUCAUUCCGUCUUCUUUUUCGCUUGAUUGUGACACGCUGGAGCCAAUAGGGUGUUUUAUCCUCUUGAAACGGUGCGUUUUUGAACUGGAAACUGUCGGAGACACUCGGCGAAAGAAGGCACGCGCUCUCCGUCAAGACACGAUGAACGCGCUGUCCUCCGCACACAAAACGCGCGUUUGCGGCGAGAUCCCCUUUUUCUUCCCAGCUUCUAUUUAUCUGCGUUUUCCAGGUCACUCUGAAUAUUUAAGAGUUGGCCGGCCGUAGUAAAUACACUGGCUUGAGGACGAGAAAGAGACAGUGUCUUUUAAGAUUUCCGCUGGCGAAGUAAAAAUAAUAAAGUACCCGUAAGGUCACUUUACCUUUGUGUUUUUAUGUAGGCGCAGCUCUGACGGAUUCCUAGCUUCCCUGGAAGGAGACCUUUCGCGGCAUUGUUUUUCCCGCCUUCUUCGAAUCGGCUUAGGUCUUCAAGCUCCAGAUCUACCUUCACAGUCCCUUUGGCUUUUUCUCUGUUCCUCUCUCGUCUGUUUGUGUACUUGCAGCGAUCCGCAUGUGCCAGUACAAUAUUUGCAUAUCCUUCUGGAGGAGAUACAUCCUGGUUUGCCUGGAACGGCAGUGUUUAGCUACAAGAAUCGCAGAGUGACAAGUCUCGUUUUGACGUACUUUCUCUCGAUUCACAAACCACGCCUGGCUGCCCUAUCUAUCCAUAGUUGCGAUUCGAACUCACGGACAGAAUGCCACAAAGAAGGAAGAGAAGAGACGCGGGUGACCGGGGAGCGUCCAACUCCGUACACUUGCGGACAGAAUUUAUCGCAGCAAGCGGCGUAGGUGGUGAAGGUGGUGAAGUACCGGGAACUUUGGAGACGCACACUCUCGUGUCUUCGCCUCGUUCUCCCGCCUCGGCUCGGAUGCUUCGUGGAGGCACAGAACCUGGCGACGAGGCAUGUCUGGGGAAUGGCUCGGACCUCAUUCGAGAAACCAGCAGCUUUCCCCUGCUGGAACUCAGCGAGGCGCAGUUUUUGGUCGAGUGUGAAGUCCGGCGGCUCAUCCACGCACACUUGCAUCGUUUCAAUGUCCUCAGAGGCAAGACCAAGCUCGCACCCGCGGGCGGUGUGUCUCCCGACCAAGCGCGUGGAGAGUCCACGUGCUGCCUUGGAGAAGCAAGCGCGCCCAAAGAUACUCAGGAGAAAGAGGGUACCGAGAGGACUCGCCAGGCAAAGAAGGAGGUCGCACCGACCCGAGGAGAGACUUCGCGUGUGGCUGAGCCACCCCUCACGUGCCACAUUACUCCGCCGUUCCUAGGUCGUCGCGUUGCGACUUCUGUCCUUGCUCCCCGACCCUUUCCUGCAUUUCGCGCCGCCCUCGUGGAUGGCUACGCUCUCCGCCUGACCCCGGAAGUUGGCGGGUCUCGACAGCCCUCUCGGAGCGUGUCCAGUUCGCAGAAGCGGGGCCCAGAGGCGCAAGACGACUCUCGUCUGGCACUCCGCAUUGUUCAGAAGGUCCGCGCUGGUGGGGAGUCGUGUGCGUUUCGUCACUCACACAUGCCAACGAAUCCCCAAAGUUCGCUCGUGACGCAGGCAGCUGCACCCCACCCAGCGGAUUCGACACCAGGCAAACAGGCAGGCGGCGCUCAGGACACUUGCCCCGAGUCCACUUGUGUGUACGUGACAACGGGGGCGCCCGUCCCGCCUCAAUUUCAGGCGGUCUUGCCUGUGGAAGCCUGCGUCGUGGAUCGAGAGAAAUCUCUAUGUAUGCCUGACCUCGCUGCUCUAGCGGCUCUGCGACCGGGAACAAACAUUCGAGCUGUCGGCAGCGACGUCGCCGCCGGCCUGCCGCUCAUGGAGCAGGGCCAGCGGGUCGGACCUGCCGAGGAAGGGCUUCUCGCGAGUUUCGACGUCCACCGACUCGAGGUGUACAGAUACCUGAACGUGCACACUUUGGCGAUUGGCGACGAGCUGGUGAGCAGAGUCGCGGGGGUUGGACAGAAGAGGGGGGAGGACGAAGAGUUCUGCGCGAGAAACCGAGGCGUGAAUGUUGCAGGUUCGUCGUCAGUCGAUGGAGCGACUCAGGCGUCUUCGAAGUGUGCCCCUCAGCCGCCGCUCUCGCCCGCGGCAGCGCAUGCGAACAAGGCUUUUCCCGGUGAAUCUCCCAAGUCCGCCCCUGCCAAAGUCUUCGACAGCAACUCCCCGACACUCGCCGCUCUAGUCGCCGACCGGUGCCCGAGUGCGCAGGUUCGCGCGCAACACUUUCUACCGGAUGAUGUGGCGGCUGUACGUACACUGCUAGUCAAGCUCGCGACGGGCGCGAGGGGAAAAGCGGCACUCGCGGGCUGUUCGCCGAGGUCGGGAGACCAGCUGAGAACGAUGGACGGACGAGGCAAAGAAGUCACGAGAGGUUGCGAAUGCCCUUGGUGCGCGGAGAUGGAUGCAAAAACUCAAGCGAAUGGACCUGACAACGUGGGUACCGGAGUCGAUGUCCUCAUCACCACAGGCGGGGUGUCCAUGGGUGACAGCGACUGUGUCAAACUCGCGCUUCUGCAGCUGCAGGAAGAAACAAGAAAGCGGCAGGAGCUCCGGGACGGGAAACGAGUCUCUCUGGAGGGUGGGCUUGGUUUUUCCGAACGUGAAAAACCAGGGAAAAAGCAGCUGUCUCCUGUCUGCGACGGACGCAGUCCUUCCUUCCGUAUUGACACAGAAAUUCACUUUGGCCGCCUGAACGUGAAGCCAGGGAAACCGGCAAUUGUUGCCUCGCUUCGAGUGUACAGGACGUCGUCGGAAAGCCCUCCAGGGGCAGGGAAAGAUUCGACGACGGAGGCGUCUCCGUGCCGGACACUCCUCGUGUUUGCGCUCCCCGGCAAUCCGUGUAGUUCGUGGGUUCUCUUUCACCUUCUCGUGGGUCCCGCGCUGCAGUUUUUCUCUUCGUUUUCUCCGUCUUCUUCGCUCUCGUGUCACCUCCCGCCACAGGUCCCGGUCCGCCUCGCAGCUCCUCUGCGGCCUGACGCCAGCCGUCCAGAGUUCCAGCGUUCCCUGGUGUACGUGGACUUUAGCGCCAGUACCGAGUGUCGGAGCGUGGCGGACGCGCGGCUCUCUCCCAGUGACCUCCCGGUUUUGGCCCAGUCACUCUCCCCGCCAGCAAGGUGCGAAGGCUUGCUCUCGUCCCGAUUCUGUAGCGCAUGCAAUUCUCCGCAGGUUUACCUGCAUGCAUUCCCCACGGGCGCGCAGCAGAGUUCGCGGCUGCUCAGCUGUUGCGGAAACGCGAACGCUCUGAUCUUGGUGCCUCCGAGAGAAAGGUCCGGUCGGGAUCGCCAUGAGAAGGGCGAGGUUUUGUGGGCGUGGCUUCUGGACACACCGUUUCCAGCCCCACCCAAAAUGCUUCUCAAACUCCUCACACUCCAGGAGGAGCGACAGCAGCGCGCUCAAGGGCGGCCUGCGAGCUUCGACAGAGAAGUCUCGACCUUCCCCGUUGGCCGGUGCAGAUGCGGAGACCAGCGCAGUCGCGACCCCUCCGAACUCCUGCACGCAGCAAAGACGGAAGUCAACACCCUCGGGUUUUCCUGUUCCUCAGGAGUCCAGAGAAAUCCAGUCUCAGAGGACUCCUUGGAGAAGGACGGGCAAAACGCCACCCAUGUAGGGGAGUGCGGCGAGGCGGUCGUAGCAGACACAGACCGUCGGUCCCGUCGCCAUGUGAUGGAGACAGCGAACGAAGCACGCCCCUGCUUUCUGGGCGUCGUUGUCGUUUCUGAUCGGUGUUCUGAAGGGGUCAUGAAGGAUGCAUGCGUUGAAGCGGCGCUGAGCAGCCUAAGGGUCUCUCCCGAACUCGCUAAACACCUCCAGCUCGAUGGGCUGACCUGCGAGAGCAUUGAAGUGGAGAAGGAGCGCGGUCAUGCGAACCACGUCGCGAGUCGAAUUGUGCCAGACGAACAAGAACAAAUUCAGAAAGCAGUCAUGUCUCUCGUUUGCCGACGCAUGCGUCACCAGGCGACUCGGGGUGAGGGGAACGGUAAAAGAGACUAUGGGGACGACCAAGUGGGCUGCAACGCCUUCGGUCCGUGCCUCAUCUUCGUAUGUGGGGGAACGGGUCUUUCGGUGCGAGACGUCACUCCUCAGGCUUUGCUGCCGCUCUUUUCAGUUCGGUGUAACGGCCUAGAGCACUUGCUGAUGCAGGCGUCUCUAACGUGCACUCCUAUGGCAGCAUUAGGUCGGCCAUGUGCUGGCAUUGCCACAUGCAGCAGACAGAGAAUCGAGGAUCUGGAAAGAUGUCGCGCCGCAGGCGUCACUAAAGAGACAGGCGGACCUCGGAAGAAACCGUCGGGUGGUUUGACUCAGAACGAGGCUGAGGAAUUCGGAGACGUUGAUCGAAGAGACGCGCACAUGACUUGUGACUGUGGUGCAAGAGCGUUGGUCUUUGGUUUGCCGGGGAGCCCACAGGCCGUUCGGGAGUGCAUCCAAGCCCUGUUGCCGGUUUUACCCCACGCGUUGGAAGUUGUCACUUCGGGGGCGUGAUCUGCCUCGCGAGCUCUAGGCGACUUCUACUUGAUGGCUAAAUAUAUGCCGCAGUGUCCGUUCCAGUCGACCUGACAGUUGUGAGUCAGCAAAGCCGUGCUUUCGAAGACUAGGGUUUGGUGCACAGCGAAUGUGCCGGUCCGUCCCGGUGGCAGUUCCACUGACACGUCAACCGCCGAAGAGCUGCAGAUAAUCCGAGAAAAUACGACCUCCGUACUGCAUCAACAUAUCGAUUACCCAUCAGUUUUGUAUCGUAUCUUUCAAUCACCACGUAAUAUGUUAGGAAAACCCCCGUUUGGGGAAGUCAGUCGCCGCGUGUGUCGACAUUUUGGAAACCCUGUUCAAGAGUUGGGAAGAGCGCAUCAAAGCAACCCUUGUUCUGUGCGAGACAGCAUUCACUGUCAGCCUUAACCUUCUACGCUCAAAGUUUCGUUGGUUUUUGGACUGCUACGAUGGCAUUAAAGCCAGCAGUGUCAGGUGGACUGUGAGAAUAGGUAUGGCUGUCCCGACGUGCAAGGCCGUGAUUGAAUAUUACCGAUACCCAGUUCAACAUGUUUCCGCCCUGAAGUUCUCGAAGCAGGCAGCUCUCAGCAUUACUGGGGGACAGGCAGGUCACCACAGUGAACUAUGGGGCCGAUAACAGCUAGUUGACGGGAGGCCAUCGCAUUUAAGGGAGCAGACGAUAACAACGUCGUACGAGCAGUGAUCCAAUGGACACCACGCAACAAUGGAUGGGACGCGAUAAUGGGAGCUGCGGCUUACGAUAGCUUGUAGCGAGUUUGUAAGUGCGUUCAGGCAUCACCAACGCCUCGUGUUCACAGCGGCAACAUUUCACGUUUGCCUCGGAACAGAUCAAUCCACGUUUCUGCCUACUCGAGCCAGACACAGUUUUGGCAACCAGAAGGAAGCGUGAACGGCUACGCACUGUAACCACGUUAUGGCAUGAACCAUGUCAUCCUUCUUCCACCGUUUCACUUAGUCUCUCUGCGUCUUUGCGUUCUCUCGUCUUUCUAUGCUGCAGCGCAUUCUAGUACCCCUUCGUAAUUUCAUCGCUGCCUCGAUGGUGGGAGGGCAAGUCUCUAGCAUACAUUUGCUUAUUUUUUACGUAUGUACCGUG